CCCGUCUCGGCGGUGCUGUUCACGCCAGCCUCGCAGAUGCCGACGCCGGCCUCGCGGUUGGCCGUGCGGGCACCUGCAGCAACCAUGGCGGACAAGGUGUUCAAGCUCGGAGAGCUGGAGCUGGGCGCCGGCAAGGCAAAUGUGGCCUUCAAGCCGCUGAUGGACUCGAGCGAGGCGGUUGUCGUGAGGUACAAGCUGCCAUUCGGGCUAAAUGCCGAGGAACAGGCAGGUCGGGUUGUCGUGACGCAGGACGGCGCGGGAGGCGAGCGCGUCGGGGACGUGCUGCGUUUCACGACAAGGUGGUCGCUGGGCUUGCCACAGGGCGGCGGGCUUGUCUCGACAGCAGCCAGCUUCGGAGGGGCCAUCGGCUGGCAACUCUCGCUCUUUGACGUCGCGAAGGCACGCAACUUCGACGAAGUGGUAGAGGCGCUGACCUCAAACACAGAAGACCGCACCAACCAGGUGACGCUCAUCUUCGAGCGCCCCACCGCCUAGUAGCUCCACCGCCUCCCUGUCGGCCGCGUCCCCGCGCGGCAGGGUCCGCACGGAGCAAGUGGUGCCGCGGCUCGCCGAGACGCCCCAGGUGGCUCCCGGGCCCGGCAUCUCGUGUGACGUGUCCUCGCGCCUCUCUCCAUGCUACCGCGUACCGGUAUAGCUACAUACACACACAUGGGUCCCUUGGGCAUGCGCAUUUGUGCUGUCAUGGGGCGCGCGGAAAAGCGAGUAAUGGAAAUCUCUACGCAAGAACAGGAGAUCGUUGGGGUAGAGAUAGUAGAUUUUAAGACUGGUGGAGAUCCUACUGACGUAGCCGCCCCAUUCCCAGCCUGUGGCGAGUUGGAACACAAAACCUGCCUGGGAGUUGUUGAAGUUUCAGGAGGUUUCCAUU